AUGACCCUUAAGGGUGGCACCACCCAAGCCUGUGCGGCAUGCAAACAUCAGAGAAGAAAAUGCACUUCUGAAUGCCUUCUUGCACCCUACUUCCCCGCAGACCAACCCAAGGUUUUUCUCAAUGUCCACAGGCUUUUUGGAGUCAGCAACAUCGUUAAGAUAUUGAAGAUUUUGGACCCUAACCAGAAGAAAAUAGCCAUGGACUCUAUCAUCAUUCAAGCAAAUUACAGGGAUAAGUACCCUGUGAAUGGCUGUUGGGAAGAGAUUUGUAGGUUACAAUACCAAAUAUGGGUUGCAGAAGAAGAACUUCAUGCAGUUUAUCAACAGCUUCAGAUAUGUAGACAGCAACAGCAUCACCAACCUCCUUCCAUGCCCGAUGAUGUUACUUCACAAUUAGAAUUGGGCAUGGCACCAUGUACUAACAGUAAUGCACUCCCAUUGUUUAAUCAUCAUACGCCACAACCAAACACUUACAACAAUAAUGUCACUGCAUUCUCUGUGUCGCAGCAACAUUCCUAUUCCAACAGUAACAGUAUGGAUUAUAGCUCCCUCUACUUAGAUUCCAAGGAUAAUGCCAUGAAUAAUAAUCCUUUGUGGGUUCAGUACCCCUCUUCAAAGAAUGAUAAUUCCGUAGGAAUGCAAACUCCCAUGCUUAAUUCUUCGCAGCCAUUGCCCAUCCAACAAAAUGUUGUUGAGGAUUUUGUUGACAUGCCUCCCAUUUUUGAUUCACUUGAUGAUAGACAAUCCUACGUUUAUUCCAAGGAAGCUUACGAGUCAAGUUCAGAGAAAUCACUGAAAGAUAUAAGAAAGUGCACAGAACAUGUUUCUGAGAAUGAAUUGAAGAAUGCUGCUGCUUGCUUUAGCCUUACCAGUGUCAAUUAA